UCCGGCCCGCGCCUUGCUGCGGCUGCCCCAUGGACCCGGCCGGCGGGAGCCGCGGGCUGAGCUGCUAGGGCGGGCGCCGAGCCCCGGCUGCGGACCCGGAGGGGCAGGCUGCGACCUGAGGACUCCUUUCCGUUCAACUUGCAUGUGAGAUCUGCCGGAGCGAGAAGGAAUCUAAAGCCAUCACCAUGGAUUUUGUUAUGAAACAAGCUUUAGGAGGGGCUACCAAAGACAUGGGGAAGAUGUUGGGAGGAGAUGAAGAGAAAGAUCCUGAUGCCGCCAAGAAGGAAGAGGAACGACAAGAAGCCCUGAGGCAGGAAGAGGAGGAAAGAAAAGCCAAAUAUGCAAAGAUGGAGGCUGAAAGAGAGGUGAUGCGACAAGGGAUUCGUGACAAGUACGGGAUAAAGAAGAAGGAAGAAAGAGAAGCUGAGGCCCAGGCCGCGCUGGAAGCCAAUGCCGAGGGGAGUCUGACCCGUCCAAAGAAGGCCAUACCCCCCGGCUGUGGGGAUGAGGAAGAGGAGGAAGAGGAGAGUAUUCUAGACACAGUCAUCAAAUAUCUACCUGGCCCUCUUCAAGACAUGUUCAAGAAGUAACGGCUGCAGCCUGUUGGACUGUCAUGAACAGUAAAGCAAUGGAUUUCUCCAAUGAGAAUUUACAAUCUUGCCACACAUCACACAACCCCACCCUCUUCCCCCACUCUACCCCCCCCGACCUCUCCCCUGGCCCCCUGAGAUUCCAUCCAUUCCUAUUUUGUACAUAGUCGCAUCCAGUAGACGCCUCUGAAUGGGUGUAAGGAUUAACGAGCUGCAGUCUACACAACUUUUAUUAUAAGCCAUAGUACUAUGUAUGUUAAAUAAGACAACUGUACAUUAAACAGCAAAGAAAAAGCCUCAUGUUUGUUUCCAUCCAAAGCAGGAGGAAUGGUCACGAACAGGGAGCAGUGGCUUCUUUUAUUUUCCUUAAUUAUUAUUAUAAUUUUUAAUAUGAUCGUUGAUCAAGCCACCCUGGCUGUUCAUUGUUGGGUACAUCUCUUGUAGCAAGGGAUGCCUCCAUCUCCCAUGGAAACAGACCUUUUCCGUUUUAUUCCAUAACCCUCAUAAAUAAGAGAUCAUUUGAAAAGUGAACCAUGUGCAGCUCCUGUCUCCAACACCGUUCUCAGAGCUGCGGAAGAGCUGAGCCUUCUGCACCAGGUGUUCAUGGUAGAAACCAACCGCCUCAGAAUCUAAGCAAGAGUCUUGUUGCUUUGGGAAUAGCCAUACAAUGAAUAGCAUGACCAGUGUGUAGUGUGGACGGUGCUGUCUUUAGAUCUAGGCCAGACUGGUUCGCUAGUGUUGUAGUACCGGACGUCCCAACCCAGGGGCCUUAGAAGCCCACCGCUGAGUGGAGUGGAUACUUAGAUUCCCCAACAUUCCGCUUUCGGCAAAGAUUCCCCAGUGGCAUAUUCAAUCCUGCCAUUCCCAGCUGUGUUUCCAGGAAUAGCAUUUUAGCUCCAGCAAAUGCUCUGUUCCCGCAGGUGGCAUCAGAGAGGGGUGGGCUUCUGGUCAGAGAGCAGGCCCAGGAGGCAGGAACUGCUUCUGAGUUUUAGUCUUGAUUCUGACUCUGAUUCCAUCUGUGACCUUGAACAAGUCACUUAACCUCUCUGUCCCAGUCCCCCCGUCUAUACACUGGAGAUAAUAAUACUUACCUACCUCACAGGGAUGUUGUGAGGGUCAAUCGGUGAAAGCUUGUACAGGAGCUAAGUAUUAUUAUAACAUUGAGUGGCAUCACUGGGUACUUGCACAUUUACCUGGUGGUGGGAAGGUGGGACCAGGACUCUCCUACCGUCGCAUUUCAAACCUUCUCGGAUUCAGAUGGAUUUAGAAUGUCUCCCAACCUAAUAGUGUCAGAUAACACAUUGUCCCCAGAUGCUGCUGCCUUGCUCCCGCAGUGAAUAUAUGUGUACAGUCUUAUUUGUGACACCGUUAUUCAUCAUUUCAUCUGGUCUGUUGUUUGUAGAGCUGACCUUCAGUUCUGGGACUCUUUCAGCUCAGCGUCACUGUAGAUGUCUGGAGCUUCUGGUCAGCAUCACGUCUUGGUCUCACGAGAAAAGAAACUGUCUCAGGAGACUUCUAACGAGCGGAUUGUUUGCCUGGCAGAAUUACACUGCCACAUGCCCUGUGCUAGCCCAGGCUUGGAAAACAAAUGGUUACUCAUUAUUUCCAACAUAUUUGCAAGUAAAUAGCCACUUAGCAUGGAUGACAGAGGGAAAAAUAUCCCAUAGAUGCAGAUUUAGUAGGAGGCAUAAUUCAGCUCUGUGUGCCUGCUGCCGACUGGUGUGAGAACGAGACAUUUAUAUUUGCUACUAUAAAACCAAUUGUAGAGUUAAGUACGCCUGGGAUUGCCAGUGUAGAAUAUCCUGUUCAUCUACUGCCAAAUUGUAGGACCGGUGCAAUUUCCAGCUGGGGUUAGUGGAUGCAUUGCUGUUGACUUCCGUGGAAGUGUACCUGCUUAGUCCCAGUGAGUCUGGGUUUUGCUUUGAAUACUCAUUCUGAAUUUUGUUUUUUCCUGAGUUUGAUAAAAUCUUUGGGACAGAGGCUCUGCUGGUGUAGACAGACCAAACUUCCCUGCACUGAGCAGUGCUAUAACCAUUGAGCACCAGCAGAGAACUUGGUCCUUCCAUUCCAUAGAUAGCAUCAGAGCGAGUCCAUUGGCUCCAGUGAGACUAUUCGUGUGCUUAAAGCUGGGCAUAUGCUUAAGCAUCUUUCUGAAUUGGGCUCCUAAUUAGAUUCUUACAUGAGCCAGGCAGGAGCAAUCUGUGCUGGAUUUAAGCAGAGGAGGUGGAAUAAGGCUGUACAUGCUGUCCCUUGAGCAUCACCUAUAGAAUCACACAUACCAACUGCAACAGACUGCCUGCAGGCUGUACACUCCCUGCCACUUAUGGACCAGUGUAAUGAGCAUGCUCCAAACCCCUAGUGCAUGCUGAAGGACUUGUGCUUUCCUUCGCACUCCGCGUCCAGAGAAUUUGCUAGUGUAGGGAUAGGAUUUAGAAAACUACCCCAUGAAAGUUGUGUGCUGGAUGCUGAGAGCUGCAAGUCAGCCUCCCAAGGGCAAAAGCAGACUGUUGUGACAUCUUAAGAUAGCGUUGUCAUUGGUUGGCUGCGCUUUCACUAAAGAGAGAUGAAUUUCUCCCUUAAGACUUCAGUCGCCGACAUUGUUUCUUAUCUUUGUGCCUAGAUUUGAGAUCGGAGCAGCCGUCAGUGAUCUGUCAUUUCCUAAUGAAAGCGCUCAGCUCUCCGUUUCCAGAGCCCAUUUGUUUCCUUUUAAAGUAUAAAAGUCAUUCCUCAUCCUUAAAGCCACUCUCACCCCAGCAGCCUGCAAAAACUACUGUAGGUUCCACAAGUAAGUGGACAUUGCUCAAUCUGCUCCUGCUUUACUCACCACUCGUCCUUUGGCCAUCAGCAGCGAUUUCCUUUCCUCUCCAUGCGAGCUCCAGUCCCGAGACACAAGCAGAGCCUGCUGUCUUGCCUUUUCUUUUCUCUUCUCUUGUUGUUCUAUAUUGGGUUUUUCAGGGUCUGUCUUGUGGAGACAAAAUACAUUGUUCUGUCCAGCUGUAGGUGACUUUACAAGUCUUUGGUUUAACCAAAUGGG